AUGGAGGAGAACCAGAACCCGGACUCACUGUCUGCUACCACCGAUAAACAGAAAACUCACACUCGAGAGAAGCCGUACAGCUGUGAGCAGUGUGGUAAAACUUUCACUCGUAACAGUAAUCUAAAAACACAUCAACGCAUUCACACUGGAGAGAAGCUGUACAGCUGUGAGCAAUGUGGGAAAACUUUCACUCAAGACAGUAGUCUAAAAACACACCAACGCAUUCACACUGGAGAGAAGCCAUACAGCUGUGAGCAAUGUGGGAAAACUUUCACUCGAGACAGUGGUCUAAAAACACACCAACGCAUUCACACUGGAGAGAAGCCAUACAGCUGUGAGCAAUGUGGGAAAACUUUCACUGACAACAGCUCCCUAACAACACACCAAUACAUUCACACUGGAGAGAAGCCUUACUGGUGUGAGCAAUGUGGGAAAAUGUUCACUUGUAACAGUAGUCUAAAAACACACCAACGCAUUCACACUGGAGAGAAGCCUUACAGCUGUGAGCAAUGUGGGAAAAUGUUCACUUGUAACAGUCAUCUGAAUAUUCAUCAACGCAUUCACACUGGAGAGAAGCCGUACAGCUGUGAGCAAUGUGGGAAAUCUUUCACUGACAACCGCUCCCUAAAAACACACCAAUACAUUCACACUGGAGAGAAGCCGUACAGCUGUGAGCAAUGUGGGAAAUCUUUCACUGACAACAGCUCCCUAAAAACACACCAACGCAUUCACACUGGAGAGAAGCCGUACAGCUGUGAGCAAUGUGAGAAAACUUUCACUGACAGCAGCUCCCUAAAAACACACCAACGCAUUCACACUGGAGAGAAGCCGUACAGCUGUGAGCAAUGUGGGAAAUCUUUCACUGACAACAGCUCCCUAAAAACACACCAACGCAUUCACACUGGAGAGAAGCCUUACCGGUGUGAGCAAUGUGGGAAAAGUUUCACUCACAACAACUCCCUAAAAACACACCAACGCAUUCACACUGGAGAGAAGCCAUACAGCUGUGAGCAAUGUGGGAAAACUUUCACUGACAACAGCUCCCUAAAAACACACCAACGCAUUCACACUGGAGAGAAGCCUUACCGGUGUGAGCAAUGUGGGGAAAUGUUCACUUGUAACAGUCAUCUAAAAAGACACCAACGCAUUCACACUGGAGAGAAGCCUUACUGGUGUGAGCAAUGUGGGAAAACUUUCACUGACAACAGCUCCCUAAAAAGACACCAACGCAUUCACACUGGAGAGAAGCCGUACAGCUGUGAGCAAUGUGGGAAAACUUUCACUCAUGACAGUAAUCUAAAAACACACCAACGCAUUCACACUGGAGGGAAGUCGUACAGCUGUGAGCAAUGUGGGAAAACUUUCACUCACAACUCCUCCCUAAAAGCACACCAACGCAUUCACACUGGAGAGAAGCCUUACAGCUGUGAGCAAUGUGGGAAAACGUUCACUGAAAACAGCUCCCUAAAAACACACCAACGCAUUCACACUGGAGAGAAGCCUUACCGGUGUGAGCAAUGUGGGGAAAUGUUCACUUGUAACAGUAAUCUAAAAAGACACCAACGCAUUCACACUGGAGAGAAGCCUUACUGGUGUGAGCAAUGUGGUGAAAGUUUCACUCAUAGCAACUCCCUAAAAAAACACCAACUUAUUCACACUGGAGAGAAUGAUAUAGAGAAGCAGUACAGAUGUGAGCAAUGUGGGAAAAGUUUCAAUGACAACAGCUCCCUAAAAACCCAUCAACGCAUUCACACUGGAGAGAAGCCAUACAGCUGUGGGCAAUGUGGGAAAAGAUUCGCUCUUAAAAGUCAUCUAAAAAUUCACCAACGCAUUCACACUGGAGAGAAGCCAUACAGCUGUGAGCAAUGUGAGAAAACUUUCACUCACAACAGCUCCCUAACAAAACACCAACGCAUUCACACUGGAGAGAAGCCUUACUGGUGUGAGCAAUGUGGGAAAACUUUCCCUCACAACAACUCCCUAAAAAGACAUCAACGCAUUCACACUGGAGAAAAGCCUUACUCGUGUGAGCAAUGUGGGAAAACUUUCACUGACAACAACUCCCUAAAAAGACAUCAACGCAUUCACACUGGAGAGAAGCCUUACUGGUGUGAGCAAUGUGGGGAAAUGUUCACUUGUAACAGUCAUCUAAAAAGACACCAAAACAUUCACACUGGAGAGAAGCCGUACAGCUGUGAGCAAUGUGGGAAAACUUUCGCUCUUAAAAGUCAUCUAAAAGUUCACCAACGCAUUCACACUGGAGAGAAGCCAUAUAGCUGUGAGCAAUGUGGGAAAACUUUCACUCAUAGCAACUCCCUAAAAACACACCAAGGCAUUCACACUGGAGAGAAGCCGUACAGCUGUGAGCAAUGUGGUGGAGAACACAUUGAAAGAAACAGUGACCUCGAUGGUAUCACCUGCACUUCGUAA